CUGCCGAGGUUUUGGGAGCAUAAAAUAGAGAUGAAACAUCUUGUAUCAUGUUUGCGUUCAGAGAAGAAGAGAUGUAACAACCAAUCAAACGAGAGGAACAAUCAGAGCCAAUUCCAACCAGGUGAAAUCACAGCAAACCUACUGAGUGAGCCGGUCAGUGUCAGCCCAGUUCUGUGCAGCGUUUUUCAUCAUGUCAGCUGUGAUUUAGGUAUCAGGAUGUCCUACAAAGUGAACUACUCUCCUCUCCUGCGUGCACACACACCACCACCUCAGCCAUGCCAUAAAGUGUGUGACGUAGCCUACAGCUCCAGUAUGAAAGGGCAAACUCUGCUCAGCAGGGCAGACAGUGCUGUGCUGUGCGGGUCAGACCCACCUCAUGUCCCGGCUCUGAGAGCUCACCUGUGGCCGGACGGUGAAGAGGAAAUCUCAGGGAUGGAGAGGCUGCUGAGGAAAUGUCAGAUCAGAAACCAACUGGUCAGGGAGUGCUUGGCUGAAUGCCUUGGAGUCUACGUUCUGAUUCUGUUUGGAUGCGGCUCCGUUGCCCAAGUGACUACAACUCAAGAUAAGAAGGGGCAGUACCUGUCAAUCAAUCUGGGUUUUGCUCUGGGAGUAACAUUUGGGGUGUUUGUGUCUCGUGGAGUCUCAGGUGCCCAUCUGAACCCAGCUGUAUCUCUGAGCUUGUGCGUUUUGGGCAGACAUCCCUGGAUAAAGCUACCUUUCUAUAUCUUCUUCCAAGUGUUUGGGGCCUUUCUGGCUGCAGCCACCGUUGGCCUGCAGUACUAUGAUGCCAUUCAGGCGUACAGCGGAGGUGAGCUGACGGUGACGGGCCCCACUGCCACAGCAGGCAUAUUCUCCACCUACCCAGCUGACUACCUCAGCGUGUGGGGAGGUGUCGUGGACCAGGUAAUAGGCACAGCUGCACUGCUGCUGUGUGUCCUGGCUCUUGGGGACCAGAGGAACAGCUCCCUCCCUGAUGGUCUUCAGCCUGUACUGGUGGGAGCAGCUGUGCUUGUUAUUGGCAUCUCGAUGGGCGCCAACAGCGGCUACGCACUUAACCCGGCCAGGGAUUUAGGACCUCGGUUGUUCACGUACAUUGGCGGCUGGGGAGUCGAUGUUUUCAAGGCUGGAGGUGGUUGGUGGUGGGUGCCCAUUGUGGCUCCCUGUGUCGGGGCGCUGUUGGGAACACUGAUUUACGAGCUGAUGAUUGAAGUCCACCAUCCUGCCAGUCCGCCGGAGCUCCAGACCUCAUGUCAGGAGGCCACUGAGGGCAAGACGGGACUGGAGCUGGAGGGGGUGGAGCAAGACUGUGAAAAACCCAGUAGUAAAAUGUAGUGGUGAACUUGAAGAGGAAUCUAUACAGUCAGUAAAUGCUAUUUAUGUGUGAUACCCAC